AUGCUUGGAGUAUCCGUAUCAGCCACAGAUGUGAAAGAUAAUAUAGAAAUUCCCACGCAUUUUAUCGUAGAGUUUGGAGAAGGCAAAUUGUGUGUUGGAGAUGGAACUGCUGGCGAUUUAAUCACCGCGCUUAUCGUUUUCGACACUGUAGCGAUUGAAGAGGGGAACUCUGUGGAUGCCAAGUUACCAACUGCUUUAAGUUCCGAUCGACGGAGACACGAAAGCAAAAGUGGAGAAUGGAGAGUGGAAGAUAUCCUGAAAGAUAUGCAAAUGGUAUUCUAUGAAAAAAUAGAUCAUCCAAGUGAAGUUAUAGGAAUUGUAGCAGAUACCGGUAUUGAAACAAAUCCAGUCUGUGUAGAAUUGGAGGUCGACGAAGUAGUUUAUUCGAACUGA